GGCGCACGGCCCGCGUGGGGCAGGACUAGCACGGGGUGGCCACCUCUCCUCACCGUCCCGAGCCUGGCCAAUGCCCCUGAGAUGUCUGAAGUCAGACCUGGCUCCUGGGACCUCUUCCAGGAAGGCCUCCUGGAUGAGCAGGCCCCAGAACCUCUGUUGACGGCGGAAGUUCCCAGCCUGACCCGCCCCAUGGAGGAAGGGGACGUGGACCCUACAGUGGACUUGGCUCUCAUGGAGUGCCUCGAGGGCAGUAACCAGGUGGCCCUGAGGUUGGCGUACAUCGGUGACCAGAUGGACCUGCACGUCCGGGGCCUCCACCUGGCCCAGCUGCCCAGCGUGGCCAUGCACAGCCUGGCCUUCGCCUACAGCCAGACGGGCUUCACGGGUGUUCUCGGAAGCGUGGGGCUCCACCUUGCCAGCCUCAUAAAGCUCCGGAGCCCCUGGGCAUCCCUGGAGCUGCCGCUGCUGCUGCUGCUGCUGCUGGGCGGGGGGCUGCUGCUCGUGCUGCAGUGAGGCCCCUCGGAGGGGCAGGGCUGGCCCCCGCCCCCCGCCAGCCCCCGGGGCCCUUGGCCUCGCCUGUCUUUUUAACUGAGCUGUUUCCUGACGAUGCCGUUUUUAUAUUUAAACUCAGUGCUGGGACUGCUGAGCUUUCGUACCCCAGGUCUUGCUGGUUUUGUUUUUGUAAGAUGAAUUCCUGAACCUCCGGGCGUUACUGGCUAACAGCCCGCAGGCGCUGAGACCCAGCCCGCCAGGAGCAGGCAGUGGGGGGAGUGCUGGCCACACCCCCGUGGCUGCGGUGUCCACAGCAGAGAGUCUACUGGACUAGAUCUCUCGGGGCCUGGGAGAGCGUAAUAAAA